UCUCUGCGUGCGUUCAACUCUACGGGAGGGGAAAGGCAAGGGGGGGAGAGUGAUGGUCUCGCUCAAGCUCCAGAAGCGGCUCUCCGCGAGCGUCCUCAAGUGCGGGAGGGGGAAGGUUUGGCUCGAUCCCAAUGAGGUCAACGAGAUCUCCAUGGCCAAUUCCCGCCAAAACAUUAGAAAGCUCGUCAAGGAUGGCUUUAUCAUCAGGAAGCCAACCAAAAUUCACUCUCGAUCUCGUGCAAGGAGGGCCUUGGAAGCAAAGAGAAAAGGACGACAUUCAGGAUAUGGUAAGCGUAGGGGUACGAGAGAAGCUAGGCUUCCCACAAAGGUCCUUUGGAUGCGGAGGAUGAGAGUUCUGAGACGGUUACUGCGCAAGUAUCGUGAAUCCAAAAAAAUUGACAAGCACAUGUACCACGAUAUGUACAUGAAAGUCAAGGGUAACGUGUUCAAGAACAAGCGAGUGCUCAUGGAAACUAUUCACAAAUCCAAAGCUGAAAAGGCUAGAGAAAAGACUUUGUCAGACCAGUUUGAAGCUAAACGUGCCAAGAGCAAGGCCAGCAGAGAGAGGAAAAUCGCAAGGAGGGAGGAGCGCCUUGCACAGGGUCCUGGAGACAGAGUUGCUCCUGCUGCACCAGCCACCCAGACUGAGGCUCCUAAGAAAGCUAAGAAGUAGAGCGUACAAGUGGCACAACAGGAAGGGGGUGAUGCUCACUUCCAAGAAUAUGAUUUCAGAUGGUGAGACUUUGGAAGAACUGCUAAAACUCGUCAUUUCACCUUUGUUUCGGAAUUCAUGUUUCGUUGUGGAGCCAAAAACAUUGUGUUUUUCAGUGCCGUUGAAUUUUUGGUAUUUAUGAAUUGGUUCAGAAUGCUGUUGAAGCUA